GAGAGAGGAGAGAGAGAGAGGUAGAGAGGGGGGGGGACAGAGAGAGAGAGAGAGUCGAACGGAUUGCACAAGGACAGUUGUUCCAAACUUCAGCUCCCGUUAACUUUCCGUGGGCAAAAAAAAGCAAGCCGAUGGAAUUUAGAAUUUGCUCGCGAAUUUCGACAUCGCAGGAGUGAAACAGAGAGAGAGAGAGAGAGACGGAGAGAAAGACGGAGAGAGAGAGAGAGAGAGAGAGAGAAGGGAAGGACAUUUAUUGGAACGAGGGUGGGGGUGGGUGGGAAGGAGUGAGAGAAGGAGAGAAGGAGAGAAGGAGAGAGGAGAGAGGAGAGGAGAGAGAGAGGAGAGAGGAGAGGAGAGAGAAAGACAGAGAGAGCAGGCAAUGCCAUUUUAUUUACAAAUAAUAUAGUGGAUAAGAGUUGCAUAAAGAGAGAGAGAGAGAGAGAGAGAGAGACACAAUUUAAUAUUGACAGAGACAGACGCUUCACUACAGAUUGAGAGAGCGAGAAAGGGAGGGAGAGAGAGGGAGAGGGGGAGAGAGAGAGGGAGGGAAGGAGGGAUUGCACAGAGAGAGAGAGACAUACACAGAUACAGACACACAGAGAUAGACAGACAGACCCACAAUUUGAUAUUGACAGAGACAGACGCUUCACUGCAGAUUGAGAGAGCGAGAGAGGGAGGGAGAGAGGGAGGGAGAGAGAGAGAGAGAGGAGAGAGAGGAGAGAUAGAGAGAGAGAGGGAAAAAAGACAGCCAUGAAAGGCACGGAGCUGGAACAAGAAAACGGGGUGCUGGGGGGCGACUACCUGAACCCCAACCCCAACCCCGACCCCGACCCGACCGAAGACGCCCCCCCUUCCCAGAACAACAACAACGAAAUCUCCGUCAAACGGCAGAGCCCCCGGAAGUCCGGCGCCUCCCUGUGGCGGGGCAGCCCGGGGCUGAGCGAGCGAGCCGUCAUCAACGUUUCCGGGCUCCGCUUUGAAACCCAGCUCCGCACCCUGGCUCAGUUCCCCGACACCCUCCUGGGGGACCCCGCGAAGCGAGUCCGAUACUACGACCCCCUCCGCGACGAAUACUUCCUGGACCGGAACCGACCCUGCUUCGAUUCCAUCCUGUACUUCUACCAGUCCGGCGGGCGGCUCAGGAGACCGGCUCACGUCCCUCUGGACGUCUUCAUGGACGAACUGCGGUUCUACCAGCUGGGGUCGGACGCCAUGGCCCGCUUCAAGGAAGACGAGGGUUUCCCCAGGGAGGAAGAGCGGCCCUUGCCUCAGAAUGAGUUUCAGAAGCAGCUGUGGCUCCUCUUCGAGUACCCCGACUCUUCCUCGGCCGCCCGGGUCGUCGCCAUCAUCUCCGUCAUGGUCAUCCUCAUCUCCAUCGUCAUCUUCUGCCUGGAGACGCUGCCCGAGUUCAAGGACGAGAGGGAGCUGCUGAGCCUCCACCACCACACCCCCCUCCACCCCCCCCAAAACUCCUCCUCCCCGCCGCUCCCCCCUCCCGUCCCCCUCAGCAUCUUCCACGACCCCUUCUUCGUGGUCGAGACCAUCUGCAUCUGCUGGUUCAGCUUCGAGCUCCUGGUCCGUUUCGGGGCGUGUCCCAGCAAGACCGCCUUCUUCCGGGACAUCAUGAACAUGAUCGACUUCAUGGCCAUCAUCCCUUACUUCGUCACGCUGGGGACCGAGCUCGCGCGCGCCAAGGGAGGCACCCCAGCCAUGUCCCUGGCCAUCAUCCGGGUCAUUCGCUUGGUCCGCGUCUUCCGGAUCUUCAAGCUCUCCCGGCACUCCAAGGGGCUGCAGAUUCUGGGGCAGACUCUGAAAGCCAGCAUGAGGGAGCUGGGCCUGCUCAUCUUCUUCCUCUUCAUCGGAGUCAUCCUCUUUUCCAGCGCGGUCUACUUUGCCGAAGCCGACCACAGCGACACUGCGUUCACCAGCAUCCCCGAAGCCUUCUGGUGGGCGGUGGUCACCAUGACGACCGUCGGCUACGGAGACAUGUCGCCAACGACCGUCGGGGGGAAGGUGGUGGGGUCCUUGUGCGCCAUCGCCGGGGUGCUGACCAUCUCACUGCCUGUCCCAGUGAUCGUGUCCAAUUUCAGUUAUUUCUACCACAGGGAGACGGAGUGUGAAGACCAGCAGGAGUAUCACCAUGUGAGCACGUCGCUGUGGGAGGAGGGGGAGGGGGGGGAGGGAGGGGAGGGGGGGGAGCGGGAAGGGGAGGCGACAGAAAAGGGGAAGGGUUUCUGCAUCCCGCUGCACGGAGAGCUGCUCGACGGAUUCUCUGCAGGAGAGCCCCAGAGGAAUUAUUUUCUGAGGCAACCGCUGGUCACUCAAGUUUAGCCUAAUUAACCAAUUAAGAAAGUGUGGAUAGAUACCCCCGGUUUCAAGGAGAUUCGAAAUACAACCACCCUGCUUUGGGACUGAAAAAUACCCGGCAUUUGAAAUUGGUUCCUCCUUCAAUAAAUACCAGUUUGUACUGGGAUCCUCAAUGAAUAAUGAACUGGGUGCACAAUAAAUACCAGUUUGUACUGGGAUCGUCAAUGAAUAAUGAACUGGGGUGCACAAUAAAUACCAGUUUGUACUGGGAGACAAGAUAAAUAAUGGACUGGGAACUUCAAUAGAAAAUCAGUUUGUACUGGGAUACUCAAUACCAGUUUGUACUGGGAUCUUCAAUAAAUAGCAGUUUGUACUCUUCGCAAAUUCCCACUUUGGACUGGGGUGCUCAGCCAAUUCCCAGUUUGUACUGGGAUGCUUCAAUAGAAAACCAGUUUUGGACUAGGAUCUCCAAUAAUUAAUCAGUCUUCAGCAUCUUCAAAAUAUCAAGUCUUAAUAGAGAACCACAGGGCUGGGAAUCAGACUCCCGCUGCACAGCAGUGUGAUCCAGUCCUGGUUUCACUGGGAGUUUAAUAAUCAGACACACCCUGAGCUUGUUAGCUAGACACACUGGGGGGCUGAUCAAGCUGGUAGCAGUAAAACCUGGACUGGAUCACACUGCUGUGCGAUAGGAGUCUGAUUCCCAGCCCUGUGGAUCUCUGUGUUAUAUUUUAUUGAUCUCUGUAUUGACACACUCUCGUAGAUCAAUCACUGGAAUGAAAAUGCAUCAAUAACAAAAAUUACUUUCACUAUCGUGGGAUCCAUAUAUUACAAAAUCAAACAACAGCGAGGGCUGAAAGGCAUUCUGGGUAUAAUUGCAUCGCUCUUGUGGUUUGUAGUGUCACCAGAACCCCUUGAUGGAAUUAUAACAAUAUGCUGGUUUUUGAAGUGGGAUAGAUAGAUAGAUAGAUAGAUAGAUAGAUAGAUAGAUAGAUGGAUGGAUGGAUAGAUAGAUAGAUAGAUAGUGAGAUAGGUCUAGUCUUGCUAUAAAGUUUACUUCAUAAGAGGUUUUUGAAGAAAACCUAGAUAUUAAUUGUAGCUCGUUUUAUUGUGUCUCGUUGCUGUGUGUGUGUACUGGUAGCUGCUUCGUGAAUGCAUGUGCACUUACACAUCAUUACAAUGUUAUUACGCAGAGUUACAAUGUAUUUCAUGUGUAAAUCUCUUUGCAUGAUAUAACCCUAAACAUAACCCCAACCCAACCACAACCCCAAUGUGUGCGGUUUG